CUCUACCUCUAAACUUGAAUUUUCUUUUUUUUGAUCUCUCUCUUACUUGCAGCUUUGUCUGCAAAGUUUCAAACGCCAUGACCGCCUUUGCUACUGCUGCAGCUCUCUCUGUGCCCAUUUCUCUAUGUAGAUCAUCUAAGCUCAACUGUAAAAAGGGCGUUAGAGGAGGGUUUAGGGUGUUUGCAAUAUUAGGGGAGGAAGGUGGGUUGUUAGAUAAGAAGAGUACAUGGGGUCCACUCUUUGAUGUGGAGGAUCCGAGGUCUAAGAUGCCACAGUUUAAAGGGAAGUUCUUGGAUGCUUAUCAAGCACUUGAAGUGGCAAGAUAUGAUAUUCAGUACUGUGAUUGGCGAGCUCGGCAAGAUCUACUUACUAUCAUGAUCCUUCAUGAAAAGGUUGUGGAAGUUCUAAAUCCCUUAGCUCGUGAUUACAAGUCUAUUGGCACCAUGAAGAAGGAGCUUGCGGAGUUGCAAGAUGAGUUAUCCCAAGCUCACAGACAGGUUCAUAUAUCUGAAGCAAGGGUUUCUACUGCCUUAGAUAAACUAGCUUACAUGGAAGAAUUGGUCAAUGAUAGGCUGUUACAAGACAGGAACCCAGCAGAGUCUGACCAAGCAUCCCCUUCUCCCAGCACUUCAACUCAAUCUCUGGAUACUGUAAAAAACAAGUCACCCCGGAAAAACUUGAAAGUGUCAGGUCCAGUUCAACCUUACCAUCCUCACCUGAAGAAUUUCUGGUAUCCUGUUGCUUUCUCCACUGAUCUGAAGGAUGGCACCAUGAUUCCAAUUGAUUGUUUUGAGGAACCAUGGGUUCUCUUUCGUGGCAUGGAUGGGAAACCAGGAUGUGUCCAGAACACCUGUGCACACAGAGCAUGUCCACUUCACCUUGGUUCAGUGAAUGAGGGUCGAGUCCGAUGUCCUUACCAUGGGUGGGAAUAUUCAACAGAUGGAAAAUGUGAGAAAAUGCCUUCCACACGAUUACUUAAUGUGAAGAUAAAAUCAUUGCCAUGUUUUGAGCAAGAAGGUAUGAUUUUGGUUUGGCCUGGCAGCGACCCUCCUGCAGCAACCCUUCCUUCAUUACAACCUCCUCCAGGUUUUCAAGUCCAUGCUGAGAUUGUGAUGGAACUUCCCGUGGAACAUGGCCUACUUCUGGAUAACCUCUUAGAUCUUGCGCAUGCCCCUUUUACUCACACAUCAACCUUUGCCAAGGGGUGGAGCGUUCCCAGCUUGGUGAAGUUUUUAACGCCUGCAUCUGGCCUCCAAGGGUAUUGGGACCCAUAUCCCAUAGAUAUGGAAUUUCGACCACCUUGCAUGGUGCUAUCGACCAUUGGGAUCUCAAAGCCUGGAAAACUAGAGGGACAAAGCACCAGAGAGUGUGCAACUCACCUCCACCAACUUCAUGUUUGCUUGCCUUCCUCGAGACACAAGACUAGGUUAUUAUACAGAAUGUCACUGGAUUUUGCUCCUGUGCUGAAGCAUGUUCCUUUCAUGCAUUACCUAUGGAGACAUUUUGCUGAACAGGUGUUGAAUGAGGAUCUACGCCUUGUCCUCGGCCAGCAAGAGCGAAUGAUCAACGGUGCCAAUGUGUGGAAUUGGCCGGUAUCCUAUGAUAAACUAGGAGUCAGAUAUAGAUUGUGGAGAGAUGCUGUUGAAAAAGGAGCAAAGCAAUUACCCUUCGAAAAAUCAACGUAAAGAUAAACAAACUCUUGAAUGGAAUUAACUACUCCGGUAAUUGACACCCUCGUCCAUCUGACCAGUCUAGCAUUCGCUUGCAAAUAAAACCAAUCUCCGGCGGACUGUAACGUGUGAUUUGGCUUUUAGUCUCUCAAAGAAGAGUCAUAAGAAACUCAGCGGAAGCUGUUGAUUGAUCUGAGGCAGAGAAGAGAUGAUGGUGAUCUGUUCAGCACAAAGAGCCCUUGUAAAACCAAGAGAAACUGUACACUCCCAUUAUUGAUUUUGUGUACAGUAAAAUCUUUUUCUUUUUCUUUUUUUCUUUUGGAUUCUCUUCCAGCCAAUGAAGUCAUCAUCAAGAUUUGUAUCCAAACCCUAGAAAAAACACCAGUGUUUGAUGAUCUCUUACAUUUGCGAGAUGUAAAUCUCUGUUUGUAUGUACCAUAUAACAUUACUGCUAUUAUUAUUAUAUCCAACUGAAGUGUUUUUUUUUUCC